AUGGGCGACUCUGUUAUGAUCGACACAGAAACACCAAUGGUGUCUACGUCCAACGAAACCAUGGACACCCAAGACGUUCCCGUCUUCGCUCCAGCCAAGAAGACGCAAUCCACUUCUGUUGAUUUGAAAGGCCAGACGAGGCGCGUUCUCAUACCCGGUCACAGAAUGUCCCCGCUCAAGAAAGACUGGGUGAACAUCUACGGCCCUUUAGUCGACCUCCUCAAGCUGCAAGUGCGCAUGAACCCUCAAAAAAGAGCCGUUGAACUGCGCUCCUCGAAGCACACGAAUGAUUCCGGCCACCUCCAGAAAGGUGCCGAUUUCGUCAAGGCAUACGCCCUCGGUUUUGCUGUCGAGGAUGCAAUUGCCUUGCUUAGACUCGAUGACCUCUACAUCGACAGCUUCGAAGUGAAGGAUGUGAAAUCGCUGCAGGGAGACCACCUCUCACGCGCUAUUGGCAGAAUCGCUGGUCAAAAUGGCAAAACCAAGUUCGCGCUCGAGAAUGCUACACGCACUAGAAUCGUCCUCGCUGACACUCAUAUUCACAUUCUCGGCGCUUUCAACAACUGCAGACUCUGUAAGGAUUCCAUAUGCAGCCUGAUCUUGGGUAGUCCUCCAGGAAAGGUUUACAAUCACCUCAAAGUCGUCGGCGCUAGACUCAAGCAGAGAUUUUAG